GGUUCUGGGGUCCCUAGGUAGGGGUGCAGCCUUGGUCACAUCAAAAAUAACGUGUAUUUUAGUUGAAAAAUAAAGGGUCACUCAAAAGGGCCUGCUCAGCUUUAACAUGAAAAAUGGCAUACUUCAAAGUUUGCUGUUAAACACACAUGCCACUUUGAAAUCACUGUUUGUAAAGGCUACUUUCUUCUCACCAUAUCGCGUUGAUUUUAGUAUGGUGUCCGGAGCUUUUAUUGUGAAAUGUAUACGUGACACCGGAAACGGAUGUGCAACACGGAACGUUUUCAUAGGCACACAGGCCGCCAUGUAGGACAGUAAAUUGUUUGUGAACACGGAAGAAAUACUGUUGUUGUUGUGUUUACAAUCCGAAUGACUUUGAUUUAAGUUCCAGUUUUUAAUUAAAGAUGCGUUAUAAGCUGGCGGACACCGCGGGCUGAGCUUUUAACUCGAGAAAACAAGAUGGAGGCGAGGUUCGGCAGCGAAGUAGCGUCGAUAGUGGAAGUCGCCAUCCAGGCGGCGGUGUCCGUGUUCAGGGAUGUCUGGGCGAAAGAGGCGCCAAACGCCGAGUGGGAUGAGGCGAAGUUCGGCGAAAUCCAGGAGAUAGAGAAGUGUCUGGUGGGUCAGAUCCACAAAGUGUUCACGGAGUUCUCCUCGGAGUUGUUUGAGGAGAACGAGGCUCUGCGUGCCAAAGUAGAGCAGCUGGAGGAUGUCCUGCAGAAGAAAGCCGGGCAGCUGGAGCAGGAGCUCGAGGCCAGAGUGGGUCAGCUGGGCAGAGAGAUGGAGCAGCUGGAGAAGGAGCUGAAGAGCAUCAGUGAAGGCAGCAGCAAGACUCCGGGAGGUCCGACCCACAACCUGCUGCAGGACGGCUCACUGACAGGAGCACCUGUGCUGUCAGUGUCCACCGGUCAAACUGCCCCAAAACCUGCUGCCCCUCUGGAUGCUGUGAAGGAGUCCACCUCAAACCCUCCACCAGUUUCAGCAGAAAGUGUUGUUCCCACCUCCACAGCUGAAUCUGUCACUGUCCCCAAACCUGCAGUAGCUCCUAUGGUGUUUGUUGGCAGAGUCAGCUCUGCGCCCACAGUUCUGUUGGUGGGUGCCAGCCAAGCCGUCACCCAGCCCCCCAUGCCAUCGCCGGCUGUCUAUGAAAGGACGGGAACGACGCAACUCAUCCUCAAACCAGCAGCCUCGCCGGGGUCUACACCUCAAGACGUCCCCAGUCCAGACUCCAGCACCGUCAGUGGUCUCACCUCGGCACAGGAGAAGAAAUCUGUGGAAGAGGCAGCUUUUGGGAGAACAAGGAAGACAAGGAGAACAACUUUUAAAAAUGAAAAAACAUCUACUGACAACAAUGCAGAAGAAAACGAAAUCCAGUCGGAUGAAAAAAAAGAGGCACGCAGAACGAAGCGUUUCUUCUGUGAGCACUGUAACGUUGGUUUUCAUUGGAAAGGUGAAUUGAACAAACACAUGAAAGUUCACAAGAAGCCGUUUCCCUGUGAUCAGUGUGACAAAAGUUUUCUGGAAAAGAAGUCUUUGGAAAAUCAUGUUUUGCGUCAUGAGGCGAGCAAAGCCCCCCUGCCCUUCCCCUGUCCUCGCUGUAAAAGAUCGUACAGGAAAGAGCAGUCGCUUCAGAAUCACCUGAAGCGUCACCAGCGGAUGAAGCCGCCUAAGCCGUUUGCCUGCGACCAGUGUGGGAAAACAUUCAGGAUCAAGCAGUCUCUGGAGAACCACCUCUUACGCCACGAGAAAAAGAAGGAGAUGUUGAAGUGCCAGCUUUGUGACAAGACCUGCAAGACACCCGUCCAGCUGAAAUGUCACAUGGCUGUACACUCAGAGGAGAGACCGUUUAGUUGUGAAACCUGCGGGAAGGAGUUUAAGAGCAAAGACACGCUUCGCUUCCAUCAGAUGGUUCACUCAGACACCAAAAAAUACAAAUGCACGAUGUGCGACGAAACUUUCAAAUACGCCCACUCCCUGACGGUGCAUAAGAGGAAACACACAGGCGUCACUCCGUUCAUAUGCAGCGUGUGCAACAGGUCGUACAGGACCGGCACUGCUCUGAAAAGACACAGCAUAGUCCAUACAGGGGAGAAACCGUUCACCUGUCACAUAUGUGGAGCGAGGUUCAGCCUGAACAACAACCUCAAAAGGCACCUUCGCAUCCACACCGGAGAAAAGCCGUUCACCUGUCAGGAGUGUGGCAAGAGCUUCUCGGACAACAACAAGCUGAAGUCCCACAUGCUCAUCCACGGCGCCAGAAAGCCUUUUAUGUGCGAUCUGUGCGGGAAGACCUUCCUCUUCAACUGCAGGCUGCUGAUACAUCAGAGGUACGUGCACGCCGACAGGAACGAGGAGACAGACGGCACGCAAAGAUUUUUCCAGACUAGACGACAAAACAAGUCUCUGGUUAAACCGUUCAGUUGCAAGAUAUGUCUGAGGGGUUUCAGCGCCGCGUGUUCGCUCAAGCUCCACGAAAGAGGCCACAGUGAGCACAAGGAGUACAACUGUGGCAUAUGUGGGAAGUCUUUCCACAACAAAUACUCUUUCGGCUACCACCAGAGAAGCCACUCGGGGGAGAAGCCGUUCGUUUGCGAUGUGUGCGGGAAGAGGUUUUUCCACGCCGGCAGUCUGAAGCAGCACGAGCGGAUUCACACCGGCGAAAAACCUUACAAGUGCGACCAGUGCGGCAAGGCCUUCAGGACGGACGGAAACUUCUACAGACACUUGCGGAUACACACGGGCGAGAAACCUUUCGCGUGUAUGUACUGUGACAGGAAGUUCCACCAGUCAAAUCAGCUCAAGUCCCACCUGCAGGUCCACACCGGGCAGAAGCUCUACUCGUGCCAGCAGUGCGGCCGGGGCUUCUCGGAUUCAAGGCAGCUGAAGAAGCACAGCUGCGACGGGUCGUAGGUGAUGUGACGCCAUGAUGUGUGACGGCCAUGAGUACGCUCAGCUGUUCAACAAAUGGGAGAACUUGUGUCAAACUGAUCCUAAGUCCUAAAUUAAGUGGUGGUAUGUUGUAUUAAGGGAAAUAAAGUUCAUUAGAAAAUUGCAAAAUAUUACUCAACUGAACAAGGGUGACACUGAAAAAAUAACACACUACUUCAUUGAAAAGAAAUUCAUUUAAUUUGGAUAUAAAACAUUUGCUUGUGAUAGCUUCAUGGCGGCGAAGGAGUGCUUGUUUGUCUACACAUUAUUUUGACACUUUGGGGCUCUGGUAACUCUCACUUGUCUUCACUCUUGAUUUAAUAAAGUUAAGGGAUUAAAUAAAAGCAUUUAAUACAGUAUUUGACUGUAAAAGUAGUGGCAGCUCUACUCACAUCAGAGUUUUCACAGUAGAGGUCAGCAGCAUUGUUUGUGGCAUUUAUAAUUGUGUUUUUUCCUUUUUGCUUCAGUAACCUCAAAACAGAUAGGGCUGUUUACCAUUAUAGGACACCAUGGCCAUUUAAAAAUCAGUUACACAUGUGGAAUAUUAAGGUAUACCUCUGUAAAUAUUGUGAAGAUGAUAAAUGCCAGCUUUCUUUUUUCUUUGAAUAGUUGGGAACUGAUUUUUUCCUCUCUUACCGUUUUUUUUUAGUUUUCUUAAACUAUUUUGUAUUAAUUUAUGUUUUGAGCUCAGAAUAAUCCAACAGAAUGGCAUCAAGAUGUAAUUGUUUUCAAAGUAAGAACCUGUAAAAUGUACAGUUCUAUGCAGUACGGUAGCGUGUGUACUAUAUUUCGUUACUGCAAUUAAAGAAUAUUUGCUACAGAA